GCGCGCGCGGGCUGAUGGCGGAGCCGGGCCCCGAGGAGGAGGAGCUGGCGCACGCCGAGGUGCUCGAGCUGUUCCAGGAGGGGCUGGCCCGCCUCGUGCAGGACCCGCUGCUCUGCGACCUCCCCGUGCAGGUCACUGUGGAGGAAAUCAAUUCUCAGAUUGCGCUGGAGUAUGGCCAAGCCAUGACGGUGCGGGUGUGCAAGGCGGAUGAAGAAGUUAUGCCUGUAGUAGUGGUACAGAAUGCCAGUGUCCUGGACCUGAAGAAAGCUAUCCAGCGAUAUGUUCAGCUGAAGCAGGAGCGGGAAGGGGGCAUACAGCACAUUAGCUGGACGUACGUAUGGAGAACAUAUCACUUAACCUUUGCUGGAGAGAAAAUGACAGAUGACAAAAAGAAGCUGCGAGAGUACGGCAUCAGAAAUCGUGAUGAGGUCUGCUUUAUAAAGAAGCUUCGAAAGUGACCUGUAAGCUCCAGUUUUUCUGCCUGAAAAGGACUAACUCCAGGUUGUUACUGCAGCAGGACCAGCCUGCAGAUUCAGCAUCUUUCCAGAAGAGAAACUUGUGGCAUUUCAAAGAGCAAAGGCAGGAGGCAAUGAAAAUUCUCUGGUAGGUUAGUGUUUGAAUGUGGUGUUCGCUUUUGCUGUGCCCUGGCUAUGAAGGACAAAUGGUGCAUUUUGAUGCUUCUCAGAGCCCUCUGAAGUUCUGUCUGCUGGAACUUGAUGCCACCAUAGGCACAACCACAAAUAAAGGACUAAGCCUAAUAAUUUAUGCAGCUGUCUUGACCAGACUUUGGUCAUGAGGAAACAGACACUGACGAAAUCCAGACCACAGAGAGGCUAUAUUGAUCUUGAGCUACUGCUAGCUUAAAAAAUGGAUAUGGUGAAAUUGGAUAUUGCCUUUAAGAAGCCAUAAACAGUGGCAUGAGGCCUUGAGCCCAGAAGAUGGGAAUCAGACCAACAGCAGCUAGAGAGCACGCAUGUAGUGAGAGGACUGGCCUGUAUGAAAAACCAAGGCUUUUGUCCUGCCCUGCCUCAAGGAGCUUGCUCCCUUAGUGAGAUAGGCAGGAUGUGAUGGCCUCAGAACAAGGAACUGGCAUCUAUAAAACAAGAUGAGGCAGCAGUUCCAUGUUGCAGAAUGCCAGCCUGUGUGUGUUUAUUAAAUGUAAUUUAUUUAAAGAUGGUGUGAUGGGUUUGAAGGAGGAGUGGAAAGCAUAUAGGAGCAGGAGUCAUCCUGUGCCUACAGCAACUGAAUCACUACCCAAUCAACUAUGAGAAUUUAAACAUUUUGGAAGAAUUCUCUGAAGGUUCUCACCCAGCUGCGCUACCUUGCUAGAAAAUCUCUAAAGUCCAGGAUAUCUAUGGUAGCAUUCUCUGAAGUGCUUCCAGUUCCACACGCAGGGCCAGAUAGAACUGCAGGGGCUCAGUGUGCAGAUGAGCCCCUAGAGUAGGGUUUUAGAUUUAUUAGGAACUGGGGAAAUUUGGGGAAAGGAAGAGCCUAUACAGGAAGGAUGGGCUCCAACGAAACCACAAUGGAACCAGACUGCUGGUAUGUAAAAUUAAAAAGGUUGUAGAGGAGUUGUUAAACUGAGGGCUGGGGGAUAGCCAGCAUGUUCAGAGAGAGACAUCCCUUAGGGGAGGAACUGUUAACAGGGAUGCUCUAUAGCAGUGGCCCCCAAACUUUUCAGGGUCAUACCCCCUCUUACCUCUGUUCCCCCUGAGCUGGGGGGGUGGAGCCCUGGGUACAGGGCUGGCAGCUGGGUACCACUCCCCAUGGGGGUUAGCCUGGGCCCCAGCUGUGUCCCCCCCAAACAGUCAUCCAAGCCCCAUAGUUUGGGGACCUCUGCCCUAUAACCUAGUAAAGAGGAGAGGACAGAAGUUCAUAAAAUACAGAUAGGAUCUAGAGAGGAAACAGGAAAUUGAAAGAGCUUUAGGACUGAAUAGGUCCCUUUUUAAUCAAUUGUGCCAACCUAAAAAAAAAAAUAGAAAUGUUCAGGGCUACUGAUGGGACAGGCUCUGAGUUACCGCAGAGAUUUCUUUCCCAAGUGUCUGGCUGGUGGGUCUUGCCCACAUGCUCAGUGUCUAACCGAUCACCAUAUUUGGGGUCAGAUUGGCAGAGAUCCUGG